UUGUUUGUCCAAGAGACUUUGAGAAUUUUGUUAUUUAUUCUCAAAGUUUAUGCUGUGUAUUUGUAUUUUUUUUAAAUGACAAAAUUAAUAAAACUGAAAGUAAUUCUGAAGUUGCAAUUGUCAGUUACACAAUGUAAAAGUAAUAGCAUAAUAAUAGAAAUUUGGUGAUUUUUUAAAACUGUUUAGCUUAGUUUUAUUUUUCUCAAAUCUGAAAACUGAUAUUGUACAGAUGGUUUUUUUUCUACUGUUCUUACCUUUAUCAUGGCAGAAACCUACAAUUAUGUCUUCAGAGAAUUUACAUUUAAGCUGCAGGAGAUUAUUAGGAGUUCAUUCUUUCCUCCUUUACAGAAUCCCAUCCAUGGAAAGGUUUGUCAUACAAGUUUCAUUUUAGGUUUUAUAAUUCAAAAUUAAAAAAGAGAUUUCUAAAUCUAAAACUAUUGGUAAUUGCCAUCAGAAAUUUCCCCUAAUAUUUAAGGUUGCGCAGAGAUGUGAAAUUAAUAAUUGCUAUUGAUUUAUGCAAAAUUCUGUGUUUUAUAGUUUCAUAAUUGACUUAGUUUCAUAACUGCUGCAAUUUGUUUUAGCAAAGAGUUAAUUGUUUUGCUCAUCUAUGUUCUUUUAGAAAAUGAAACAAUAAAAAUUAAGGUCACAUAAAUUUGACUUGUGACAAUAAAAGUUUAUGGGAGGAACCUGACUCCGGAUUUGCAUAUUACCACAUAAUUAUUCGCCAACUCCUCUCUGUGUUUCCCAGUGAAAGAGUACAGCAGAUAGAUCUGACUAAAUGAAUAGAUGUCCUGCUCUUCAGAUACAUUUUUCUCCUAUGUUAUGUUAUAUUUUGUUUAUGUUUUCUAAUUCAGAAGAUGCAGAUCUCGCCUGUGCAGUUGUUUGCUGUGAUGGUUCUUGUCAUCUUUACCACCGGCCAUUGUCAACAGAAUGACAAUCGUCGAGCGGUGACUGAACACCAGCUGAUGCACGAUCGUGGUCGGAACAUCCAGAGUCUGAAAAGGCUCAUCUGGCUUUCCAGCGCUAUGGAGGGUCUUCACACGGCACAGACCCGCUCAGCUGCUGCUGCUACUGCUUUCACCCCUUCAAAGCUCCUGAGCUCCCCUCUGAAUCCAGUUCUGAUCCCACCUGGAGAGAGCCCCCAACCUGCUCAGGUCCAGAACAUGCUGAGAGACUUCUUUUAUCCCCAUUUGAAUCAUCUCUUGGAUGAAGAGCCCUAACACCAUGAAAAUGCACAUGAAACAUAAAAUAAAAUGUACAGAAAGAUU